AUGUCAUAAGAGUCAUAAACGAGUUUGUUGGGAAACUUAAGAAAAGUAAUUACAUUAGUAGAUCAAUUACGUGAUAUUGGACUUAAUGACUAUAUUAAAUUACCUCGAAUUGUUGUUCUAGGUAUCCAAUCUGCAGGAAAGUCUUCAUUGUUAGAACAUAUUGUUGGAAUCGAUUUCUUACCAAGAGGAUCUGUAAUAUUUUGAUUAGAUUGAUAGGGAGUUGUCACAAGAAGACCAUUGGAAUUACGUCUAUCUUAUUCACCUUAAAGUGUAUGUGCUUAACCUACAGCUGAAUUCGUAGAAGAAAUCAAAGGGNAUCUGGAAUAUACUGUUGAUAUUUUUCUUAAGUGUCUUUGUUGUUGGAUGCAAGAUUCAAGUAAUUCUUAUUAAAUGAGGACAUUUUAAAUAAAUAAUGAAAAAUCUAAAUGA